AUGGACACCACAAUAGUCAAACCAGAGAGCAUUCCUCCUCAAAGUAAUCAAGUUAUCCAGAACGAAAUCGUCCAUACUCUGGACGAGAUGGAAAGGCAGCAGCCUGAAGAGAUUGUGGAAAGCCAGAAACAGGGAACUACCGCCAAUCCCCCCGACACGUUCUUCUCGACCCUCCGUGAUAGCAUUGCGCCAUUGCCACUGACAACCAGUAGCAAUAUCCAGCCAGAGCCCGGGGCGUUUCCUGUGACGGGGUCUUUCCCGUUUUCUCGCAAUCCAACAGCAGCAUCCUCGUCAAGGACUAACGAUGCAGAAACGGUGCACUCUGCUAGUGCUUCCAGUAUUUCAACGAAUGACGCUGCUGUUGUGGACCUUGUCAAUGCUGAGCCUAUCAAUGAGUUAGAACAAGAAGAACUCCCCACUGCAGAACCAAUAUCACAAAGAGCCAAGAGAUUGUGGAAAAAGAAGCUCAUCUUGUCACUAACAGGGGAAGCAUUGGUUGGGAUUGUUAUCGUUGUAGGGAUUAUUGUGACUUUCGUCCUGGUCAACAACAAUGGAAAUGGUGCCACCGGUACAGAAAUCACUCAUCAACAACAAGGAGUCAUCCGUAUUCCAGUGAUCCCAGGAGCUACACAAGCACCAACCACUCUAAUGGAUGGGAUUCUAUCGAGGCUACAACUGCCUGAUUAUACUGUGGAGGCGUUGUAUGAUGCAAAGUCACCACAGGCCAAGGCAUAUGCUUGGCUGCUCGGCAAUUCUACUAGUCUUGAGACUUGUUCCAACGAAAGGCUGAUCCAGCGAUUUGCCUUGGCUACAAUCUACUAUGCCACCAGAGGUGACUAUUGGGUGAAACAUCGUGGUUGGUUGGAUUGGGAGACCCAUGAAUGCAAUUGGCAGCAGAGUCAGGCAUAUCUUGAAGACUCACCACAGCUGCAUUGUGAUGAAAUGGGCCAGAUCAAAGCCAUAGCACUAAUGGGCAACAAUGUGGUUGGUUCCAUCCCAAAAGAGGUAUCACUGCUGCACAACAGCUUGAAGGAAUUGUAUGUAUCGUUCAAUGUUGAACUCAAAGGAACACUCCCCAGUGAGAUUGGAAUGUUGACAAGGCUGGAAAGUUUAGGACUUCAGGCCACAGGGCUGUCAGGAAAGUUGCCCACAGAGCUGGGUCUCCUUCCAGUUCUUGGUGAUCUUUAUCUUGGGGGGCAGGGGAUAGAGGGAACUGUGCCCACUCAGCUGGGACAGUUUGGGAGCCUUUCACACUUGGAAGUAGGGUUCAUGAGCCUGACAGGUGAGUUUGAUCUUAAUCAAAAGAACCCCCCAUCUGAUAGUUGA